AUGGAAGCGUCGCCGCUGACCCGUCAGGCCCCGCCCGAGGUCUUCAAGCCCAAGAUCGUACAGCUGUACGAGUCGUUGUUCAAGGACGCCGAAGAUGACGCAGAACGUUCCGAGGGCUUCUGGCGCGAGUUCUUCCUCUUGCGGCCCGACCGCCCCGCCCUGAAGCGCAUUCUCGAUGGCCUCGGGCCGGCAGACAUGCUUGCGUUGGAGGAGCAUACAAGGGAGCUUUUCGCGCGCGCUGUCACUGCUAUGAAGAGUGGACAGGGUGUCGCAGAUCUGCAUGCGCUUGACACUCUAAGCGUGUUCCUCUGCUCGGCUCUUUCGAAAAAGUAUGCGCACCCUAGCUCGGAUAUUAUUAUCGUCUUGGCUGGGAUCGAUUAUGUCGAUACGAUCUUUACGGACUUUGUGGGCGCUGUGGACCAGAUCAUUAGGAGUGGGAAGAGCUUGGAAUUGCGACAAAAGGCUGUCGAGGUUGUCCUGGCUGUGACGGCGGGCGCAUACCAGACAAGUCUCUUGACAUACUUCAUCCAGAGGGACCUCUUCCCCUCAGUAAUGAAGGUUGGAUCAUUCUACGCUUGCAACUUGUGUGAGCCUCAACUAACGAUCCCGCAGUUUAUACAAGACACCGACACAACGGAGCGCAUCCUCAGCCCCUUUUCCCUCCUCGGCCUCUUGGCGAACUACAACAAAUUUGAGUUCCAGAACCCCUACCAGAUGCGACUAAACGACUUUGUCAACGAAGCGACAAUCAAGAAGAUCAUUCGGUGUAUCGGCCAGACGUGCGAGAGCUUGACUACACAAUUCGUGGAUGUGCAGGACGACUUACCCGAGGGGUGGACGUUCAACGGCACGCUGCGUAUGAUUGGCCUCGGCGCGGUUGCGAGGGGCCCCAAGCCGGAAAAGAAGCCCGUCUACGAUGCCGAGACCAUGAAGCAGAUGUUUACGAAGCUACCCGGCGAGGAAGCAGCCGUGUUGCUAGCAACCUAUGACUUUACACACGCCAACAAGCUGUUCUGCUUCAACCUCGCCACCCUGCCUGCCGAAAAGGGCGAAGAACAGCCAUUGGCGGCCUUCACAUCACUCACCUCCUACCUACUCCAGCACGCCCAUCUCUCCGAACGCACGACACACUACUCGCAUCUCAACCUCAUGGUCUUCCGCCUACUAAUCGAGGAUCCCGUACUAUGCAAGCGGAUAUGCAGCGAAGAGUCCAAGGGACAAGUCCGUCUGUGUCGCCAGAGGCAACCGUUCCUCCCGCUGGUCAGAGGGGACCGGAUUCUGGCGACGGCCGUGCUGGAUACCAUGGUCGACGGCAUAACACACAACCUGCGGAGGAGGCUGGACGUCGGACUCUACACACUCUGCGUCGGAAUCCUGUUGCGGGUGAUUUCCUUUCUCUCGAGGUCACGGACACGACUGACAUAUCACUGGGCGGAUCUCUUCCGCGCGUUGCUAAACCUCAUUCGGUUCCUCACGCAAUACGUCGCGGACCUGAAAGACCUCUCGCAAAUCGACCUCCUGUUAGACAACGUCGUCAACCUCGUGGCGCUCUCGCUGUCAGCGGGCGAGGGAUUCCUGCCAUCGCCGGCGGCGUAUGACGAUCUAUUCUACAAGGUCGUCGAGGCUGGCGACACGCUGACCAAGUUUAAGGAGAGCUAUCAGCUCGGAAAGCGGCCGAGCAACUCGAUUGACACGCUCAUUAGCGUGAGCACGCACUACAAGGAGCUGCUGGCGGAGGGCGGCAAGAAGAAGGGGAACCUGACAAGCAUGCAGGUGACGGAGGUGAUUAAGCAAGGGUACGAGACGCUGAGUAUACAGGCGAAAGAGGGGCUUGAUACGUGGGAUCGGUAUCGGGAGGCGGAUGAGAGGACGUUGUUGAAGAAGAUGGCGAGGGCGGCUGUGGCCGAUGUGAGAGGGUUGGUGGAGCGGUGA